AUGUAUGAAAAACUUCAACUCUUUAUAUGGACUUCAAGAUUAGGCUAUGAAGCAGCAGGAAAUUUGUAUUUGCAAGAUCUACAUAACAAGAAUAUACAUACAUCAACUUCUAGAAGGUGUAGGAAGAUGUUGAUAAGAAACAAGGAUACCUAUGUCAUGCAAGAUGUAAAUGGUGUCACUGAGUUGUCAUCUCACACUCCUAUGUUAGAAGUAAUAAAUCCAACAUCCAUAGGUGUUACAAAAACUGUAUCUCAACCAACUCAUGUUCUUCAAUCUAUUCCUUCGUUCGAUUUGAAUUUUCAUGAAGAAUCAACAGUCGAGACCGUUGUUCUUGAAUAUAAAUAUGAAUUAUUCAACAAAUCUGUUUUUGUUUUUUAA